CUAAAUCUAGCCAUCCCCAUCUGCUUCCUUCCCUGUCACUCUACUAUAUUUAAAACGUAUCCUUCCUCUGGCCACGUGCUGUCGCAAUAGACUUUCUUUCUAGAUCCUGGUUCAUAUCUAGAAAGGCCCUCGUUGCGAUCAACUUACAUCUACACAAUGGCCGAAGAACUAAGCAAGAACUUCGAGACUCUCCAGCUCCACGCAGGUCAGGAGAUAGACCCCGCGACCAAUGCCAGAGCUGUCCCCAUUUACGCAUCAACUAGCUUUGCCUUCAAUGAUUCAGCCCACGGCGCGAGGCUGUUCGGCCUCAAGGAGUUUGGCAACAUCUACAGCCGUAUUAUGAACCCUACCGUCGAUGUCUUGGAGAAGCGCAUCGCAGCUCUCGAGGGCGGCGUGGCAGCCCUUGCCACCUCGUCCGGGCAGGCUGCGCAAUUCAUCACCAUCGCAGCGCUAGCAGCCGCAGGCGACAACAUCGUCUCGACAUCGAACCUGUAUGGCGGCACCUACAACCAGCUGAAGGUUUUCCUACCGCGUCUUGGCAUCAAGACCAAGUUCAUCGAGGGAGACAAGCCCGAGGAUUUCGCUGCUGCUAUAGACGACCGCACCAAGGCGGUCUACAUCGAGAGCAUUGGCAACCCCCGAUACAAUGUCCCUGACUUUGAGGCCAUUGCGAAGGCCGCGCAUGAGAAGGGUGUACCCGUCGUGGUUGACAACACAUUCGGUGCCGGCGGCUUCUACGUGCGGCCCAUCGAGCACGGCGCCGACAUCGUCGUGCACUCAGCGACCAAGUGGAUCGGCGGACACGGCACGACGAUCGGCGGCGUCAUCGUCGACAGCGGCAAAUUCAACUGGGGCGAGAACGCGGCGCGGUUCCCGCACAUGAUCGAGCCGUCCGACGGCUACCACGGCCUGAAGUUCUGGGAGACCUUCGGCCCCAUCACCUUCAUCAUCCGCGCGCGCGUCGAGAUCAUGCGCGACCUCGGCGCAUGCCUCAGCCCCUUCGCGGCGCAACAGCUGCUCAUCGGCAUCGAGACGCUGAGCCUGCGCGGCGAGCGGCACGCGCAGAACGCGCUCGCGCUCGCCAAGUACCUCGAGUCGUCGCCGUACGUCAGCUGGGUGUCGUACCCGGGACUAGAGAGCCACGGCAGCCACGCGCUGGCGAAGAGGUACCUGACGCGCGGGUUCGGCGGCGUGCUGAGCUUCGGCGUCAAGGGCGGCGGCGCGGCGGGCAGUCAGAUCGUCGACGGCUUCAAGCUCAUCUCGAAUCUGGCCAAUGUCGGCGACUCCAAGACGCUCGCGAUCCACCCCUGGACGACGACGCACGAGCAGCUGACGGAGGAGGAGCGCGCGAGCUCCGGCGUCACCGAGGACUUGAUCCGCAUUUCUGUUGGUACGGAACAUAUCGACGACAUCAUUGCCGAUUUUGAGCAGUCGUUUAAGAAAGCUGCUGCUGCCUCUCCCGAUGCGGCUGAUAAGAAGGAUACUGUCGGAGCUAAGAAGGAUGAUGCGCCGACUGUGGUUUGAAGAGCGAAUAGGGCUAGACUGGGGAAGUGAAGCGAUAUACUUCCUGUUUUUGAUGAAGUCUCAUGGUGAGAGAUAGCGGUUGAGAGAUAUACCCUUUGAAUAAAAUGAAGCAAAGUAUUAUUUAUGGUGUGUUCAUCUGUUGCUGUCGUGAGUGACUUUUGGUGCUAUGGUUGGUGUAAGUGGUACCAGAUUAGAUGGGAGAUAUAAGAAAAGAAUAAAAAGGUGAAAAGAGGUAAUUAAAAUGCAAAAUCAUGUAGUAAAUAGCUUAUACGAUUU